GAACGUUAUUUGAUUCGGAAAGAAGCGGUAGAACCUUCAGGUGUUUGGAGGGAGACAGAAGCCGCGGUUGCGGGAAUCGGAACCUUUAUGUGUGUGCGGGGGAUGUAUAUGAGAAAUAGCGCCAGAAACGCUGCCGCUGGGAUCGAGCGAUUAUCGGAGCGAUGUGUAUUUGCUACAAGACGCCUGUGCGGCGCGUCAGUGCGAUAGAGAAGCUGCGACGAGUGAAGCCAUAGGAGGAGCCCUGGGGGCGCUGUUUCUCAUUGCGCUGAGAACUCGGUCCCUGCUCUGUACGAAGCGCUGUCGCUCCGGGGAAUCGCUGCGAUUAUCCUGUUGUGCCGACCUGGGGCUGAAUUCUCUUCUCAGAGGUAUAAGGGGGAUAUUGCACCGGUUUCAAGAUGGCUGCCAAGUCGCCUCCCCCGUUAAUGAAGAAGCACAGCCAGACGGACCUUGUGAGCCGACUGAAAACCCGCAAGAUCCUUGGGGUGGGAGGGGAAGAUGAUGACGGAGAGGUCCACAGGUCUAAGAUCUCUCAGGUUCUGGGAAAUGAAAUCAAAUUCGCUGUACGGGAACCUCUGGGUUUGAGGUUGUGGCAGUUCCUCUCCGCCGUCAUCUUCACAGGGAUCGCUGUCAUGGCUUUGACGUUCCCGGAUCAGCUCUACGCAGCCGUGUUCGACAGCGGCCCAGUCAGCAGCAAGACUUCCACCCGUUUGUACGGAGGAGCCCUUUUUAGCAUUUCCCUCAUUAUAUGGAAUUCCAUGUACACGGCGGAGAAAGUCAUAAUACGGUGGACGCUCCUGACGGAGGCCUGUUACCUCGGCAUCCAGCUCCUCGUGACUGCGGUGACGGUGAUUGAGAGCGGGACCCCCUCCCUGACCACGGCCGCCGUCCUCUCCAUCUGCCUCCUCUUCGCCCUGAUCAGCGUCUACUUCUACUACCAAGUCGGACGCAGACCCAAGAAGCUUUGAGCUCUCCGCUCCCAGGACUUCCACACCAUUCCCAUUACUUGGAGCCGCGUUCCCGUGGUUACGUUCAUCCCAGCGCCUGGAAGUUUCCCCCCCAUCCCCCCUUCUUUGCUGGUGAGAACUGGUUCCCCCUUCAGACUCACAUGGAACUGGCCGGGGUGGCUCUGGGAAUGUCUGCGUCUCUCUGCAAAGACUAAAACGGAUUUUAAGUGGCGCAGAAGCGCAAUGCAUGCCCCGUGCAUUUAACGUAUAGAAGCACCCACGGGUCCUAUGUGUGUACUUUGUGUAACCCCACCCUUGGGUGGGCGGCCCAGAUACGCAUGCUCCCUUAGGAUACAUUAGUAUUAAUUUAAUUGUUCCUUACUUUCCCUUUAUUUCCUGCCUCCAUCUGUUCAUUGCAGAUAUAGGAGUGGGGGGGGCUGAGUGGGGCGUUUUUUUUUUUUUUAAUUUUUAUAAACCUUUGGGGGCCUCAGCAGUGCCUUGUGUCCCCCUGUCCAACCAGCCCAAAGGCUUAUACACCAUUUAAAGGGGAAGUUCAGCUAAAUAUUAACUCUAUGAAGGCGCCGGGGAGAUUUUUAAGAUUUUUAAAAUAUUUUUCCUCUGGGUGGGGCAGGUAUCCCUGAGCAUAGCAACCAGGCAGUAAUAAAUAUCCCGUCUCACAGUC